AUGCCCUGUAUGCCUGCCUGCUUGCCUACCUGCCUGCCUGUGUGGUGUGUACGUGGGUGGGCGUGGGUGCGUGGCUGUAGUUGCCCAAAGCGGAACACGCGUCCUCACUGCCUAAACGGGACACGAUGCAGCCAGCCUGGGGGUGGGCGGACCCCAUACUCACCACAUCCAUCCCUACUUCUCACUACUUGCUUAACUCACAUGCAUACUUUCGCCUACCUGCUAGGCACGUUGGCUGCGUUUCCGGCCCCAUCCUUGUGGGGAUCUAUCGAAUCGUCACUGCCCUUAUCUCGACCUGUCCCCGGCGGCUUCACCCUUGCCAGCCGGGAACCAACGGAUGCCUUCGCUCCACGCUGCCAUUCGACAAUGCCGAUAUCUGGCCAGCCCCAAGGGCCUGCCUCUCGCCAGAGCACAGUCUCAGAUCCAUGGGCGCGAAUCCCUCCAAUGACCCAUCUAUGGUCGACCCAAAGAAAAUUUCUCCCGCCGGUUGAUUGUCUGGCGGCUUCUGCCUCCGCCGCCUCACCACGCCAGAUUGCGGCGUCUGAACACGGUCGGCCCGGCAGGCGCGAAGCGAAGCGAAGGCGCACAGCACACACACAUUACCGAAAUCAAUUACCUGGCCUGCUUACCGGGUCAAGCGCACACAGCGCGUAUCAAGAUAACAACCGCCCACGGGACAAGAACGAGUGCCACCAAGCCUUUCCGCCCCUUGCAGACCAACUCGGUGUUAGUACUGGACCAGUCCAACACAAGGCGUCUAGCGAGCUUCUAGGGCCGGCCAUCCAGGCCGCAAAUCCAUCCUUUGUACCAGAACUGAGUGCGGGAUCUCCACAAUGUCCAACAGCGGACCUGCCUGACGAGGAAAUGCUGGCGGUUAAGGCUGCUGCUGGCGAGUCACGCACCUGGUCGGAGAUAUGGCGCUCGCCACCCUAUUCGUUCCAGCCGAGGAAAUUUUGCCGCAAAAUAAUUGCACCACUCACAGCCGUCAACAGCACGUCGUGGAUUGUGGAGAGACCCUGA